UUGUUAGUGUUGUUAGUGGUUGUCAUAUUUGAUAAUUGAUUUCUGUUUAUAUUGUUUUUGAAUUUUGAUCAACUAACUGUUAAUUUUGCCAAAUGCUAUGUUGUCAAAAUGAAACCAGUCAAACGUAUACAGUCCAAUAUAAUCGGAGAAGAACAAUAAUUGUGAACAAGGCUUAUGUAAAGUGUACCAGUGAAGAUAACCUGAAAGUUACCCAUCAACAGUGAACAAUUUCAAAUUAUUUACUUUGAUUUCAACGUUAAACGAUUUUAGUUCUGGUACAUCACUGUAGGCUAGGAUCUAAAGGUGAAUCAUGGAUCUAGAGCAAUUAUCAUCUCGAGGGUCUGCCUUGGAGGAUCCUACCGAUCCGUCACAGGCUUACCAGCCCUUUAUCAUCAUGGAGGAGCUCAUGGAUAAAUUGAAAGCUUUAAAAUACGACGAAGAGUUCAUCAAAGCUUUAAAAAUGCGUCCACUUAACAGAUACUAUUUCGCUCUGCAGACUAAUCCAGGAGAACAAUUUUUCAUGUUCACGUCACUAGCGGCCUGGUUGGUGCGUAAAAUGGGACGUCAGUUUGAACAACCCCAGGAAUACGAUGAUCCUAACUCAACCAUCGCUGUAGUUUUGGAUGCCACACGGGAUCUUGGUAUUCCGGUGGAUUUUGCCCCCAACAAGCUAAAGCAAGGGUACGGUCGCUAUGCCAUCUACAUUCUCAACAGCUUGGCUGAUAAAGCCAUGGAGCACACUAAGGUUAUUUGGAAAAAACCAAAACCCCCUCUUGAAGUGGAUACUGAAGAGCAGCCUAUAGAUGACGAAGCUGAACUUCUCUUGGAGAAGAUUGAAGAAGAAAUGGCAGCUGAGGAUUCAGAUGAUGAUGAAGACAACUUGCUGCACAUCGAUGAUCUACAGAACAUCACCAACAUCAACAAGAGUUUGUUGGAGUCCCAAAAACAAGAAGAGAUGUUGGAAUCUAAUACUAACAGCGAGGAGUGGCGAUUGGAAUUGGAACGAGUUUUACCAAAACUGAAAGUAACAAUUAAAUCUGAUUCAAGAGAUUGGCGGGCUCAUUUGGAGCAGAUGAAGCAAUAUCAAAGCUCAUUGCAGGAGGUGAUGUCAUCUGCCAACUCACAACUACAACAUCUCUCCACAGAUCUGGGCAACUCCCUCAACAAGAUACAGAGUAGAGACAAGUUCCUCAACAGUCAACUGGAAUCUCUGCUGUAUCAAUACAGGACUGUACAGGAUGAGUUAGCCAAGAUCUCGGAGCAGUAUAGAGAAGUCAGCGGAGGAGUAUCCGAGCGGCAGAAGACCUUGGCUCGGAUAACAGAUGAGUUGGAGUCUGUCAAACAGGAAAUGGAAGAACGAGGAUCCAGCAUGACUGACGGAUCUCCGCUGGUAAACAUCAAGAAGGCCAUGGGAAGAGUGAAAGGCGACAUUUCAUCCAUGAACGUGAGGAUUGGUGUUCUGGAAUACUGCAUCACUCAAGCCAGACUGCGGGACAAAGAUCUGCUACAAAAUGAGCUCACCCCAAACACUGUUUAGAUUUACAUCUGUAGAAGACAAAAGUACAGAGCUGGUCUUAGCUGGAACUUUCAUCUAAUUCUUUUACUGUUACAUUUUGUUUAUACUAAAAAAGUACCAGUUUUACAUGUUUAAGUUUUAUAUUAAAAACUUGUUCAUUCUAUUUAUUCUUCAGUAUUUGUUUGAAGAACAUCUAACGUUCCAGCGUAGAUCUGUGAUCUUUCUUUUAUUCCAUGUUCAAAAUGUUCUAGUCUUUUAGCAACACAAUGAUCUCACAUUUAUGUACAUGUACUGCUUAGUUAUUUUAAUUGUUUGUAUAUUCUCACUAAAAACUUUAUUUUUCUUUAAAACUUGUCCUUAAAAAUAAAACACAAU